UCUCUCAUUUGCAUCAUUUUAGCCUCAUCUAACAUGUCUAACCUCCGAUUCUAAAGCUCUUUCUGUUAUUUCAAUUCUACAUUACAAAAUCCAGUCCCAAAAAACAUAAAGAAAAUAAAACAAUACAAAAAAAGAAGAAGAAGAAGAAGAAAUGGCAGACUCAGAUGGAAAAAUGGAAUGCGAGCGAAUCUUUAAGCGGUUCGAUAUCAACGGCGACGGAAAGAUCUCGCUGUCGGAGCUUGAGACCGCUCUGCACGCCCUUGGCUCCUCCGCGCCGGAAGAGGUUGGACGACGAAUGUCGGAGAUCGACAAGGACGGAAACGGUUUCAUUUCGCUUGAGGAACUCUGCGAUUUUCAGAGGGCUAAUCCUGAUUUGAUGAAGGAGGUUUGCAAGAGGCUUUAGUUUCGUUGAAUUGGAAUUCAGAAUGUGAUUGUAAAAUUUUCUCCAUUGUGCCCUAAUUCUUUGUCUGUGUUGUGUUUCAUUAUAUUCUUUUUCUUUUCUGUUUUUAAUUACUUUCUGUACCUUUGAUCUAAUUGUUUAAUUAAUUCAUAUUCGAUCCAUUUACCAAAUUGGGAAUUCUUA